GCAAUCACAGAAAUCAUGAUGAGAUUGGUCUUCUUCCUGGCUUUCUCACUUGCUGGGAUUCAUGUCAUCUGCUCUUUCACUGAUCCUGGUGACUCUGCAGCGCUUCAAUCUCUACGGGGAAUAUGGCAGAACACGCCGCCGAGCUGGGCGAAAGACGACCCCUGCGGGACACCUUGGGAUGGCGUGACCUGCAACGGUUCGAGGGUGACCGCACUGGGCCUUUCAUCUAUGAGCAUCCAAGGGUCAUUGAGCGGUGACAUAGGAGGCCUGACGGAGCUAAGAUCUUUGGAUCUGUCUUUUAACACAGACCUCACCGGUCCCCUCACGCCCCGACUAGGAGAUUUAUCGAAGCUUAAUACUUUAAUCUUAGCAGGUUGUGGCUUCACCGGCAAUAUUCCUGAUGAGCUUGGCGAGCUCUCUCAGCUGACCUUCUUGGCUCUCAACAAUAAUAAGUUCACCGGUAAAAUUCCUGCUUCUCUGGGGAAACUGUCACGACUCGGUAUGCUCGAUUUGGGCGAAAACCAGUUAACUGGACCAAUACCACUCUCGGAUGACACCCCUGGAUCCCCUGGAUUGGAUCUUCUCCUAAAUACCAAGCACUUCCAUUUCAACAAGAAUCAGCUCUCGGGUUCCAUUCCGGACCGACUAUUCAGCCCGAAAAUGAAACUGUUACAUGUAUUAUUCGAUUCUAACCAAUUUAACGGAUCAAUCCCGUCCACAUUAGGACUUGUUCAGACACUUGAGGUUCUUCGUCUUGACAGGAAUUCCUUUUCGGGAGAAGUUCCAUCAAAUAUCAGCAAACUUGUGAACGUCAAUGAAUUGAAUUUAGCGUACAACAGACUGAAUGGUUCUUUCCCAGAUUUAAGCAACAUGAAAUCGCUUAGCUCCGUGGAUCUUAGCAACAAUUAUUUCGACCCAACAGAUGUUCCAGAGUGGUUCUGGACCUUACCAUCGCUUACCACUCUGGUUGUAGAAUACGGAUCGCUUCAAGGGACUCUACCAGAAGGAAUCUUCAGCAACCCACCAAUUCAAGUAAUACAAUUGAGAAACAACGCACUCAGCGGCACAUUGAACAUGAGCAGCAACUUUAGCCCACAACUCGGGAGCAUCGAUCUGCAGCAUAACCGGAUUUCUCUGGUCACGCAGAAUUUUCUUUCAUAUGGCAAUACACUGAUGUUAUUAGGCAAUCCAGUCUGCAACACAAGUCUUGAGAAUACCAUCUACUGUCAGCCGCAGCAAGCCAAGAAAUCUUAUUCCACCCCCAUGAGUUGCAGGGCAAAAUCUUGUCGACACUAUCAAAAGCUCAGCCCUCAUAGAUGCAGUUGCGCUUUUCCAUACGAAGGAACAUUAUUUUUCAGAGGACCUUCCUUCAAGGAAAUAAAUGUGAAUUUGUUUCAGGAACUAGAAAAGAGCCUCGGGACUAUAUUGGACCUCGCCCCAGGUUCGGUUUUCAUAGACAAUCCUUUCUUCAAUACAAACGACUAUCUGCAAGUUCCGGUGGCGCUCUUCCCGGCCAAGGGGAAGUAUUUCAACCGGUCGGAGAUCUUGAGGAUGGGAUUUGACUUGAGCAACCAGACUUUCAAACCGCCUGGACAAUUCGGUCCUUAUUACUUCCUCGCCUCGCCUUAUGCUUUUCAAGAUCAUAAACGAUCCAUGAGUGCUGGGGCAAUAGUUGGCGUCGCAGUUGGAUGUGGAAUUCUACUACUUGGCGUCAUUGCAAUAGGUGCAUACGCGGUUCGGCAAAAGCAACGUGCCGAGAAGGCUAUCGGCUUGAGCAAACCCUUCGCGUCAUGGGCGCCGAGCGGGAAGCACAGUGGAGGCGCGCCUCAGCUGAAGGGAGCGAGAUGGUUUUCUUACGAUGAACUCAAAAAGUGCACCAAUAACUUCUCCGAAAAAAAUGAGAUCGGUUCUGGAGGCUAUGGCAAGGUCUACAGGGGAAUGCUCCCCAAUGGACAAAUGAUCGCAACCAAAAGAGCUCAACAAGGAUCGAUGCAGGGCGGUCUCGAAUUCAAGACAGAGAUCGAGCUCUUAUCGAGAGUUCAUCACAAAAAUCUCGUCGGGCUCGUGGGUUUCUGCUUCGAGCAGAGAGAGCAGAUGUUGAUCUACGAAUUUGUGCCUAAUGGAACACUCAGAGCGAGCUUGUCAGGAAAAUCCGGCAUUCACCUUGAUUGGAGGAGGCGACUCCGGAUCGCUCUCGGGUCCGCUAGGGGGAUAGCGUACCUUCACGAGCUUGCGAAUCCUCCUAUAAUCCACCGAGACAUCAAGUCGACUAACAUCCUGUUGGACGAAAAUCUAAUGGCAAAAGUUGCUGAUUUCGGCUUGUGCAAGCAGGUAUCAGACAGCGAGAAGGGGCAUGUUUCAACUCAAGUCAAGGGCACACUGGGCUAUCUGGAUCCGGAGUACUACAUGACCCAACAACUAACAGAAAAGAGCGACGUGUACAGCUUCGGCGUGGUCAUGCUCGAGCUGAUAACCGCGAGGCAGCCAAUCGAAAAGGGCAAAUACAUUGUGCGGGAAGUGUGCACGGCGAUGGACGCGAGGGACGACGAGCACUAUGGCCUGGGAGAAAAGAUGGAUCCAUCGAUCAGAAACUCGGGAUAUCUCGUCGGCUUCGCUAUAUUCCUGGAGCUGGCCAUGAGGUGCGUCGAGGAGUCGGCCUCGGACCGCCCCACGAUGAGCGAGGUGGUGAAGACAAUCGAGAGCAUCUUGCAGCACGACGGAAUCAACACGAACUCGACUUCCACUUUGUCAUCCGCCACGGACUUCGGGGCACCGAGGGGACCAUUUAAGCAUUCUUACAGCGACACAACGCCAAAACUGGAUACCAGCAACGAGAGCAACGACUCCUUCGACUACAGCGGCGGGUACACGGUUUCCAUGAAGAUCGAACCAAAAUAGCAGAUCAUCAUCUUUAACUAGUUAUUUUCAGCACUUUGUGAUUCAGAUGUUUAUGUCCCUAGUCUUUCAAUCUUUUUUCUUCGCUUAACAAUAAAGAAGAAGGUCAACUUGGCUUCAAUGCAAUAAGAGAUGACACACGGGUAAGGCUGCAGCAACAUGAGCAGAACUUUUGAGGUAGACGAGAGGGAUUGAGUAUUAUCUUCAUUUGUCCUCUAUUUGUAAAGCUAAUAUUACUAUGAAGCAGACAAUAACUAGAGUCGUGUUUCGUUACAAUAGUUUCUGUUUUUUUCUCCUGGGCACUGCAGCAUUAGAAGAUGUUUAUGCA